CCCCCACCCCCCCCCCCCCCCACCCCCCCCCCCCCCCACCCCCCCCCCCCCCCACCCCCCCCCCCCCCCACCCCCCCCCCCCCCCACCCCCCCCCCCCCCCACCCCCCCCCCCCCCCACCCCCCCCCCCCCCCACCCCCCCCCCCCCCCACCCCCCCCCCCCCCCACCCCCCCCCCCCCCCACCCCCCCCCCCCCCCACCCCCCCCCCCCCCCACCCCCCCCCCCCCCCACCCCCCCCCCCCCCCACCCCCCCCCCCCCCCACCCCCCCCCCCCCCCACCCCCCCCCCCCCCCACCCCCCCCCCCCCCCACCCCCCCCCCCCCCCACCCCCCCCCCCCCCCACCCCCCCCCCCCCCCACCCCCCCCCCCCCCCACCCCCCCCCCCCCCCACCCCCCCCCCCCCCCACCCCCCCCCCCCCCCACCCCCCCCCCCCCCCACCCCCCCCCCCCCCCACCCCCCCCCCCCCCCACCCCCCCCCCCCCCCACCCCCCCCCCCCCCCACCCCCCCCCCCCCCCACCCCCCCCCCCCCCCACCCCCCCCCCCCCCCACCCCCCCCCCCCCCCACCCCCCCCCCCCCCCACCCCCCCCCCCCCCCACCCCCCCCCCCCCCCACCCCCCCCCCCCCCCACCCCCCCCCCCCCCCACCCCCCCCCCCCCCCACCCCCCCCCCCCCCCACCCCCCCCCCCCCCCACCCCCCCCCCCCCCCACCCCCCCCCCCCCCCACCCCCCCCCCCCCCCACCCCCCCCCCCCCCCACCCCCCCCCCCCCCCACCCCCCCCCCCCCCCACCCCCCCCCCCCCCCACCCCCCCCCCCCCCCACCCCCCCCCCCCCCCACCCCCCCCCCCCCCCACCCCCCCCCCCCCCCACCCCCCCCCCCCCCCACCCCCCCCCCCCCCCACCCCCCCCCCCCCCCACCCCCCCCCCCCCCCACCCCCCCCCCCCCCCACCCCCCCCCCCCCCCACCCCCCCCCCCCCCCACCCCCCCCCCCCCCCACCCCCCCCCCCCCCCACCCCCCCCCCCCCCCACCCCCCCCCCCCCCCACCCCCCCCCCCCCCCACCCCCCCCCCCCCCCACCCCCCCCCCCCCCCACCCCCCCCCCCCCCCACCCCCCCACCCCCCCCCCCCCCCACCCCCCCCCCCCCCCACCCCCCCCCCCCCCCACCCCCCCCCCCCCCCACCCCCCCCCCCCCCCACCCCCCCCCCCCCCCACCCCCCCCCCCCCCCACCCCCCCCCCCCCCCACCCCCCCCCCCCCCCACCCCCCCCCCCCCCCACCCCCCCCCCCCCCCACCCCCCCCCCCCCCCACCCCCCCCCCCCCCCACCCCCCCCCCCCCCCACCCCCCCCCCCCCCCACCCCCCCCCCCCCCCACCCCCCCCCCCCCCCACCCCCCCCCCCCCCCACCCCCCCCCCCCCCCACCCCCCCCCCCCCCCACCCCCCCCCCCCCCCACCCCCCCCCCCCCCCACCCCCCCCCCCCCCCACCCCCCCCCCCCCCCACCCCCCCCCCCCCCCACCCCCCCCCCCCCCCACCCCCCCCCCCCCCCACCCCCCCCCCCCCCCACCCCCCCCCCCCCCCACCCCCCCCCCCCCCCACCCCCCCCUCCAGUCCACUGUGCCCGACCCCAGUUUGGCUGCCCUUGCAUUGCUGCCACCAGACAACCUCACCCUCUUUGUCCUGGCCCUGAAACCCACUUCGCUACUCCUAAGAGUCAGUUAA